AAAUAAUUUUGAAACAGCCAAAUAAAGAAAAGUAGCAGUCCACUUUCGACUUUCGCUAUCACCUGCCGAUUCAACUCUCAGAAAAAGGAAAGUUCGUCUUUGAUCUUCGCAUCCUUUAAGCUAACACCAAAAGUUGAUAUUUCGUUAUUGAUUAUUUUCUCGUAUUCGUUAAUCGGAAUCGAUGCCUUCAGCCGCGUCGCAGCAGUGGCAAGAGAAGGCGACUGGUUUUUUCUCUUUCUCAGGGGUGAAGCUGAAGGAAGCUAGCCAAACAGCCGGAACGUUUGUCGGAGAAGUCGCCAAGGAUGCCAAAGGCAACGUCUCUGACGUGGCGGAACGAUUUGGUUCCUUGGUCAAAAACCGAUGGACGAUUCUCCGGCAGCCCGCGACGAGGAGGCAUGCUGUGCAAGAGAGUCUUAUAUGCGCGGCUGCAACGACUGGAACCCUUCUGAGGAAAGGCAUCACCGGGACUAAAGACAAGGUUGUUGUUGGGAAAACAAAAGUUGAGGAGGGCAAAAAAAAGACGGCACAGAAAAGCAAGAUAAUUUUGACUGAUAUAGAACGAUGGCAGAAGGGUGUUGCCAGCACUGACGUAUUUGGAGUACCUAUUGAGGUUACUGUGCAACGGCAGCAAGCCAGCAAGCCCAUCCCUCUGAUAUUGGUGAAAUGUGCAGAUUAUCUCGUGUUAUCAGGUCUAAAUUCUCAAUACUUGUUUAAAGCUGAAGGAGAUAAGAAGGUCAUUGAGCAGUUGGUUACUGCAUACAACCAAGAUUUUAAUGCUUCCAUACCAGAGGGUGUGAAUCCAAUUGAUGUAGCAGCUCUAACCAAAUAUUACAUUGCUAGUCUUCCUGAGCCAUUGACUACCUUUGAGCUUUAUGACGAGAUCAAAGGUGCCCGUUCUAGCAUUCAUGCUAUGAGAAAUGUACUCAAGAAGCUUCCAAGCGUAAACUACAUGACUCUCGAGUUCAUCACUGCAUUGCUGCUUCGUGUUAGCCAGAAAUUGGUCCUUAAUAAGAUGGAUUCACGAAGCCUUGCCAUGGAAAUAUCCCCUGUUAUUAUGUGGCAGAAGGAUCGGAAACCAGAAUCAUAUAGGAAAUACUGGAGUCAUCCACCCAAAAGUCCUUCCAAUGGUACCAUGGAUCCAACCCCUGCUUUUAGUGCAUGGGACAUGCUUGCUGACGAGGGAGAAGAUAUGGAUGCUUCCUCCCACAUUCCUUUAGAUGAUGCUACGCCGGUCGAUUUCGGUGCCAUCGAGGUUAUUCAAAGCCUUAUAGAACAACACAAUCCCAUAUUCACGGAUGGUAACGAGACGGUCUGGAGAUGAUCGAGACAUUGUCUCCGGGUAUGAAGUUCGAGAUUUGAUCAAGUUGAUUGGUUUACAGUAGUGGAUAAUUUUUGUUGGCCGUCAAAUCUGGGAAAGCACUUUCAUUUGUGCCUGUACAUUUUAGUCGUUAGUGGAUACUUGUUUGUAUUUGGAGAUGAAAAUGAAAUUACCUCAAAGGGACUGACUGCUUUGAACUGAA